GUCGGGUAGCGUGAGAGGGGUCGUGUUGCCGUCAAGACCUCCGACCAAGUCAGUGGCUGUUCAACCUUCAGCUCAGUCGACUGAGAGUCGUAGUGUGGAGCGGUUCUGGGUUGCGUUCUCUCGUUAAAUUGCCUAGCGGCGUGUUGGUCGGUUGUGCAAGUUAUUUGGGGUUUGUUGAGUGAUGGUGUCCCGCCGAAGAUGAUAUAACGAAUGGUGCUGAGUAGCAGAAUCAACAGGAAUAUGAAUGUCUAUCACUUAGAAGAAAUAAAUCCGAUCUUGGCAACCAUAAGGUCGCCAUCUUCAUCAGGAAGAAUUUUACCUGUGAUCGGAUCUUCGUGUUGGGGGAUCCAGCUAAGGGUCAGUUGGUGUGGUGGAGUCGGAGGAGAGUGUUAUGGAAUCUUCAGCGGGGUUUUUGUGGAUGAUUCGUGUGGGCCGAUGGAAUAAGGGACACCGUGCCCUCAUCACCCUCAUCAUAGGGGCAUCCCUGUGCCUGCUGGUGCUUGCCUUUACUCCGCACCCCGACGCAACACUUCACCGGAGCCCCUCGCAUGGCAUACGUCGCAUCCAAGAAACCGACGACUACACAGGGCCUAAACAUUCUGGUCAGGCGCCUCCAGAGGAUAACCCCAGCUUGAGUUCCACAGGACCAGAGAACCUGCAGCAAAAUUCCCCGCACUCUGCAGCUGUUCCUUCUUCGUCCGGCCCGUACAGUUUGCCGUUCCUCUCACAGCCGAAAAUUCCGUUGGCAAUGGACAUUCCUCGAAACAAAAAGGAAGUAGAACAUGUUAUGAAGGCACAAGAGACAGCAAUAACAGCCCUCCAGCAUGGAUACAAACUGACAACUAACCAAAAGAACCUUUUGGCAAACAUGAACCCCAAAGAUAAAAAAGUAGCGGAGGAGAGAGUUUCAAAGUUACGUACGAUGCAGGAGAAGGCUUACUUGAUGCAUCUUCGAGCGAAGAAACAAAUAAUUCCACUAAAAGGCGGUGGCGAGAGAAUUACGUCAACACCACGCAUGCAAGUACGACUCCCAGUGUCCUUGAAGAAGCUUCCUCCAGAGCAGUGGCCACCACAGCACAGGAUUUUCUCUAAUUUAACGCAUUACCCAUGGGUAAAAAAUGAGGAGUGCGCCAACUACAGUAUCACUUUCAAGCCCUCAGGAUCACUCCCCACCCGAGCACUUGUCUCCUUCCCAUCUUCUGGAAACACUUGGAUCAGGUAUCUUAUUGAAGGAGCUACUGGCAUCUUCACAGGGUCACUCUAUGAUGACAGCUCUCUCACCAGGAAAGGCAUGUAUGGUGAAGGUAUAGUAUAUGACUCUGGCAUGACGAUUCUCCAGAAAAGUCACGGAUACACCACUGGGGAUGCCAUGAAACUGUCUCAUGAAGAAAGGCGAACAAAGAAUCACAUGGAUGAGUUGAGCCAUCAAGGCGUCUUGGUAAUCCGCAACCCAUUCAAAGCUCUUAUCUCCCAUCGCCAUUUGGAUGUUGGUGGUCACACAGGCUAUGCUCCAAAAGCACACUUCCUGGGCAAAGGUUGGACUGAGUUUGUGACUCUGAAGGUUGGACUAUGGAAGGACUUCAAUAUUGACUGGUUGACACUUAGUAAGCCAAAGGAUAUGCAUGUCACUUUUUAUGAAAAUCUAAAAAUUGAUCCAGUAGAGGAAAUGAGAAAGAUAUUGCGUUACUUAAAAUUACCUGAUGAUGAGGACCGACUCCACUGUGUAGGCUCCAACACUGAUGGCCUAUUUAAGAAAGCCUCAAAAAAUGUCCCAUUAGACUUUAAUCCAUUUACAAGUGAGCUAAAUGAUGUUGUAUAUAAAGCUAUACAUGAAGUAAAUUCUGUACAGCAGGAAAAGAAGGGCUCCCACUUGAUAAAUAUGAGCUAUAUGACCAACAGGAAGCAAAUGGGAUAAUAUAUAGCCUAUAGCGGUUAGGAAUUUCAGAAAAUUUUGAAAGUAAUUCAGAUGUGACCUCCAGUGUGAGACCAUAGAAGACAAAUAGCCAUUUUUUGAGCAAUUAUCAAUUUUAAUGAAUUAUGAAAAAACUCCCAAGAAAAUAUUUCUAGCCAAAUGCAAAAAAUAAACAAACUACAUAAAUUAAUGAAAAAGAAAUACUCGUGGAACCUCAUUUGUAUAUUGGACUAAUCAGGUUGGUUUAAUAAAGCCAUUUUUCUGAUAAACCCAAUACCAGACUUUCUAUUGGACACAGUCAACUGAUACUAGAGCUUCACUGGAAGAAGUCAACUGAAAUUGGACCUUCACUGGGAGUGCACCAUGACUCAGGCGAAUUUAAAUUUUGGUACAGUCCAGUUACGUACUACUGUUUCUGUAGUACCUAGUUAAAAAAUACAAAUCAUUAAACUUAGCAUAUAUAAAUUCCCCAAGUUACAAACAUCUGACUUCCAAACACCAAGACACAGCAUCUCUGCUUGGUGGCUAUACUAUACUGUAUUACAAGAAAUAAAUUUAAUGGUCAACACUCAUGAUCCUAGCAACACCACAAGUUGGACAUGAACUUAACAACUGGCCCCACACACACACACACACACAGAGGAUGUAUAAGACAAUUAAAACUACUCAAUGUAAUAUUCGGUGGGGGGGGGGGAGGGGUGCUCAUCAGUACAGUAGUUCUUGCUGUAAGUCAUUAAAUAUUUACGGUGUAGGCAUACAUAUAUGUACUUUAUGCCCAUAUAUAAAGCAGCUUCAGUUUUCAUUGUACUGUUCUAUACAUAGAGCACAGCAAUUGGCCAAGCCUCGGACACACUAUCAGAUUUAUACCAGUUUACAGUAUCGGGUAUCCUGGUCUCAUGGGUGAUUGGUGUCUGAUAAACCUAAUUUCCAAAGUAUCGAAUGUCCAAUAUAAGGAGGUUCCAUUGCAGUAACCAAAAAAAUAACCACCAGUACAGUACAUCUAUUUUCCAUAAAACUUGAAUGGCAAAUUGUUACACAUCUUGAGUCUCAACAUAAUGUCAAUAAUCUGAUUCAAUUUACAGUUUCAUACCUAAUUGUUAUGAUUAAAGACCAUCAACAGUGGUAGGUGUAUGUCAGUUAUGUAAAAUAAAGUGCUCAGCAUUUCAGUUUUGCUCAAAUAUCAAUACAUUACGACCAAUGUGUAAAAUUAUGAAAACAUGGUCCUUGAUAAAAUAAAUUGAUGUACUGUACUACAUUAAAAUCAUUUAUUAAUAGUGAUUAAUGGACCAAAUUUUGAUAUUAUAGGUGCAUAGUAAGGUCUUCCACAUGCAGAAGGACUGUUAAGUAUUCUCUCCCUUAACUAGAUAUCUUUUAACAUAAAAUCUCCUGUAAUCGUAACUGGGGGAUUCUCUUCUCCAUAUUUGAAAAAAAAAAUCUAGUCUGCCACAUUGACCCCAGUACCAGAACAUAUCUACACACCACCUGGUACACCUAGGUUUUCUUUUGUUCAGAUGGUGAAAGACAUGUCUCCCAUGACCUAAGGGCACAUGGCAUAGUACUGAUUGGCUAAUCUUUUAACUCCCCAGGGUUGCAAGGUAUGCUGUGUUUUGUUCAUUCUCUCCACAUACUUUAGCCCAAAUCCUCUUCUUCUUUUUCCAGUCUAUGCUACAGGUUUGGAAGAAAAAAACAGCUGAUGUUGAAAGAUUGAAGUAAAGGAAAAAAUAAAAUAAAAUAGAGCCAGUAAAAUACCUAAUGGAGGCCCCAUAAACUAGGAAAAGUAAACAAUUAUGAAAAGGACAGAACAGUGAGAACAAGAAAUUUUAAAUAAAACUGGGGUUGAUACUCUGGAAUUUGAGAAGGUAAUAUUGCAGACUCUGACAGGUAAAACAAGAGUGAGUCUGUGGUGUACCAGUUCUUGGUGUAGACAUGCAUGAUGCUGCACAAAGAUAAUGAAUAGGUUGAUUUUAGUAGCAGUACAGGUUGGGGGUUACAAUUUGUAAUGGUAACAGCUCUUGACUGUACAUUACAGUACUGUACUGUAUAUUUUCCAUUCUACCUCCUUUUAAUUUUCAUUUAUUUAUCUUUCAGCACACUUUUUCUUAUUUUUUUUUACUAUUAUAUUAUAAUCAGGAGAGUUUCAAUAUAAAUUGGAAAAUAUGUGGUCUAGCUACUAACAGAUUGGCAGAAUGUUGUGUUAACUAAACUGGCUGCACACAAUUAGUCCAGUUAAGGGAGAGAUCACUGUAUUCAGUACUGUAUAUUUUUGUAAAUAAUUUUAACAUGUCCCAUUUCCAUUACUGCUUCCUUAAAGUAUAUUAAUUACAACUUCUAUCAAUAACUUCAUCCUUUUAAUCAUGUACAGUAUCUGGUAAAUUGAAAUGAAUGUAUUUUACCUUUGAUAUAGUUAUUAGUCCAUAUAGUUCUGAUACAGUAAAGCCCCAAGUUAAGAUGGAAUGUGUCUGCCAAUUUACCAUGCUGUAAAUUAAAGAUGCAGUCAUGGCAACAAAAACUAUUUACAUUCCAAAAAAAAGUAAGAAAAUAAAAAUAAAGAAAAGAGUGAUCCAUGAACCUAAUUCUUUCUUUUUAUGAGAGAAAAACUAUACUUUCCAUUCCUAUAGAAUUAUAAGGGUCAAUGAACAAAAACUCUUGGAACAAUCUGCCAGGGUGUGUUGUGACGUAUUCGAGUGUAAGCUCUUUCAAGACCAAGCUUGAACAACACUGGUACAGGUAUAAAUACAUUCUGGAGUCAGUACUUGCCAACAAUGCGGAGCGGAGAUAUGACCGACUGCUCAAGCAGCUGAUGAACCAAUCAGUGUGAAAAGGAUAAAAGUAAAUGUAACUCUCACCAUUAGUGAAUCAUACUGGUACUGUACUUAAUGAAGUGUUUUUGUGCUUUUGAUCCUGUAUUAAAGUACCUGUACUUAAAGCCUCCAUCUCUUCCAUUUCUACUUUGCCAGAUUUUAAUAUUUUAUAUGGCCAAUGCCAGACAAUUAUAUUCAGCUCAGAGAAGACCCCAUACACAAGAGGUUAAUUGAGUUAUCAGCAUUCAUGCGAAUUUUUUUACCAUGGAUUCUCCUUUUUCCAGUGUCCAUGAAAUAUCCACAGAUCACACCUUUAAUUUGUCAUUUAAACUAAAACACUUUCUUUUAGAUUUUACCAGCCCCAUUGCUAUCACUUGGUUGUUUCUUUCCACUCAUUUUAAUACAAUUUUCAAUAACAAGGCCUCACAAAAGCACUUUACUUACAGGCAGUCAGGAUGACAUGGUAGCAGAAGGCUGAUUGAAAUGAUGCCAAUGAUGCACCAUUUGAGGAAUUUUUAUUCAAUUUUCCUAAUAUUUAUAAUGUUUUCACUAAAAAAACCAAUGCUUAUUGAAUACCAGUCUACCCUGAAUCAGGUCGUAAUUUUUUAAGGAGUUAUGUGAAUUAUCACAAGUCAUACCAUCAUAACUCGGUGCUUUACUGGAAUUAAUAGCCUUUGAACUUAUUUCACACCUGCUUGAUAUUUGUGAAUCUCAGUUAAGCAUGGUACAGGUGAAGUCAAAUGAAUUAUUAUAUUAUUAUUAUAUUAAACAAUUCUGAUAAUUUACAAAAGCUUUUCAAUAGAAAACUAAGUGCCUCAUAUCCAUCCCAGUUUUGGAUGCAGUAGGAUAGAAUUUAUUUUCUCCACAAAAAGUUUCCUGCAUUCCUAUAAUUACUGGCGUGAUAUCACCUAUUGUCAUCUCAUUUUACUAUAACAUCCAUUUCCUCAUGAUAGCUGUAGUUUUUUAAACUAUUCUAGUUCUAACUAAAUUCAUCAUGUAAAUGACUCCAAGGGUGUAAGGAUAUUACUCUUUGAAGAUGCUAUAGGCUUCAAACUGCUUUUAUCAGGGAUGCUCUUGCUUUUCAUGAUUAUUUCUUGUGAGAUUGAUUAUGACAAGGCAUGGGUACUAAAAGUGUAGAGCUCAUUAUUUUGUCUACAUUAUUGCUCAUAUCUAAACUGUCUUUCUUGCCUUGAACAGUGUUACCUAUACAGUACAGUAUUUGAUGGUUAACAAAAUAGAUGUUAGCAAAGUGUCGUUUUUGCCUUUACCUAGCAACUUCAUUGUAUUGAUGAAAAUGUAGUCAAACACAGAGACACACACAUGCUUACUGUUUUCAUAGUGAUAUCAGGAUCUUGGGUUUUAUCACAACAUAAUAGCCUACCUGAAGCCAUGUGGCAGACAAUGGUAAAUAAAUUUGGACUUGAUUUUUACCAUAUACAUAAUAAUCAGAUGGUGCUAUUAUACUACUUAGUGAGAGUUCAUACUAGAGGUCAAAUGUUCAGUUUUCAGAAUUUAGUGAAUUGACCCAUGAAAAUAAGUCAUCAGUUAUAAUGCAAAUAUUUAAAGACAAAAUAAGCAUAGCAUUUCAUAUACAACUGUACAGUAUUACAAGGAUUUUUUUUUUUAAGAUUUACUGUAUACUGUAUAGUAAUGGCAAAUACUGUAAUGUAUAGGCUUAGCAAGGAGGCACUUUGAGAUAAAUAUGGAGACGAACAUUUGUAAAUGAAUGAAAUAAAAUGGGUAAGCAAUUCUAUUUACAUUCCAGAUGAUACACUGUUUGGUUCAGUUUUAAAUGUACAGUACAUUUAUACUGUACGUAUUUGCAAUACCGUAGAGUACCUCAAUUCAGUUUUACAGCAAAGCAGUGUUACAUUAAUGCCUAAACACUUCAAAUUACUUGACUGAUGCAGCUGUUCUUUCCAGCACACAGUCUAAAAUUGUUUGCCUUUAUUGCCCGAGGAAAGAUGACAUGGGUAAUGUCAUGUAAUAAAUGAAAUUUUUUUUUAUUAGUAUUCAAAUACAGUACUUGGUGACAUUUCCUUAUUGCCAUAGUUUUAAAUAUGCAAACUUUAGUUAUGGUGUCAUUUUCGUGCUUUAAAGAUUAUAGUAUUUCUAAUUGUUUAUUAUAUUUUGAAAAAGUUACCUCAAGAUUGCAUAUAGAAUAUAUUCAUCAACUAGUCAAAACUUUUCAUUGUGCAAAUUAAAUUCUUUUAAUUCCUAAACUCUUGUCGCUCAUUUCUUACCCACCUGUAGAAGGAUGGAAGAAUGUAAUGACUGCCAAAAUAAUUAUAAGAUGAGUUGCAUCUUGUCUGUUUUCCUGACAUAAGUGAACAAGAAGUAAUCAGAAAGUGUUUGAUCAUGUCUCUGGGCUAGAAGUUUCCCUGUCAGUCAUGGCCACCCACAAACUUUCUGAUCGUUUAUCAUACACUAGAAAUCAGACACUAUUGAAUACUUUACCGAUAUACAGUUCAUAUGAGAUAGUACCAAAAAACAGAUUUUGUUGUCAUUACUGUUCAUGAAAAGAGCAUACUACAGUACUGUGUGAUACAUGUGCAAUAUUGUUCCUUGUACAGUACAGUACAUACAGUAUUUUGACUCAUUGUUCCAGAUAUUCUGAAUUUAUGUCAGUAUUAAUAUAUAAUUUUUUUGGCACACUUGUUUUUACGAUCACUUCAAUAUUCUCUUGUGAAUAAAAGGAAUCAUGAAAUAA